AUGAGAUCCCUCACAGAAGAAGAAACACGGACGCUCUUCACGAAGCUAGCUUCCUAUACCGGCCGCAGUCUCAAUUCCCUUAUCACCCCGGCUGAAGAUGGAUCUAUGAGUGUUUUCCGCUUGCAGGGAUCCCGGGUUUACUACGUGAACAAGGAGAUCGCCAACCUGAGCGUUUCAUUCCCCCGCGAAACUCUCUUGAGCAUUGGCACUAUGGUCGGGAAGUUUACUAAAACGGGCAAGUUCCGCAUCAACCUGACAGCUCUGGAUCUCCUGGCGCAACACGCCCGGUACAAGGUCUGGAUUAAAGCAAACGGAGUGAUGCCUCUGCUCUACGGCGGUUCAGUUCUAAAAGCCCAUGUGGCUCGUUUCUCAGAAGACCUGCCAGAAAAUGCAGGUGUUAUCAUUUUGGACUCCAACGAUGUGCCCUUGGGAUUCGGAGUUACAGCAAGGUCAUCUGCGCAGAUCGCAAAAUUGGACCCUACCAGUAUCGCGGUCCAUCGUCAGGCCGACGCAGGAGAGUACCUUAGAGAGGAGGAUACUUUGUUCACAACCUAA